AAAUGGGAGUGGAGAGUUCACUCACAGCUGUUGGUAGGAAGCACACAGGCAGCUACCGGGGGUGCAUCCAAUAUCGGACAAGGCUCAUCUCGCUAAGUUUGACGAUUACCUGCACUAAACCGUGUCGGAAUAGGAAGUCAAAUUGCGCCUGACCAUAUUUCCCGUAUUCAGACGUUGUCGGCGGCCGUGUUUAGUUUACCGUUAACGUUACCUCUGCGUAACGCUAGCUUACGUUACAGGGACUUCUGUCACUUCAACACGAGGACGCUAAUGCAUCGUGUGCCAAGCCAAAACUAUCGCUAACAUAACGCUAGUUUGAAAAGGGAUUAGAAGUUAAAAGACAGUAUGAUACUUGAACGAUUUUGAGGAAAUAGCGGUGUGCGGAGAUGGCGCGUCCGAUAAUGGAUCUACUAAGAUGGUUUAUCAUGAGGCGUGGAUUUGCCUCUUCGCCGGCUAAUUGCUGUCACGUUAGCUGUGGUUUCAGCUGUCUCGGUGCCUACACGUGUUGUGUAGGCAGCUUCACUAACAAACUGAACUAAAACGCAACUUAAGCCGUCCUCAAACAUAUACUUUGCUUUGCUGGCUAGCUAAGUGACUAGCCAGGGAUAGGUUUGUUGUUUGCUGGUUGCUAGUUAACUCUAACCUACUUGCGCUAACGCUAGCUAGGUGUGCCAUAUGGUCAACCUGUAAGCAUUGAUUAGUGUGGUCUGUUCACAAUUGGAUUAACCAGCGUCUGUCGCCAUAAGCAACUGUCAAAACAUUGUAGUAGCGUCUCUUUAAUAUUAUUUAUUUGUAACACAAUUUGAACUAAAACUAAUAAGAGUUUAGCAGAAAAUAUACUUGUUCCGUGUAAGACGUUAGGUUUUAGCCCUGUUUCCUCGUAGUGGUGAGACAAGUGGACAUGUGAAGUACACACAGCUACCAGCACACAGUGUGUACUAUAACCCACAUAGAUCCUUAUUUAGGAAUUAGUCAUGUGGCUUGAACCCAGGUUAGCUUUCUCUACAUCGUUACCAAGAGCCAGUACAGUAUCUGUAAAAUUAAGUGAAAUCAUGUCUCUUAAACAUGGACAGUUAAAUCCUGUAUGUUUUAGAGGAUAGACCAGAGUGUGAGAUUAAAACUUAUUCCAUGUCAUGCCAAUUUCCACACCUGUACCAACAUCGCUGUUCUCCAUUAUAAGUAAACACUAAUUUGUUUCCCUACUGAUAAAACCAUUCUGAAUGAAUAGGUCAGAGCUGGACAUACAGAAACAGAGGUGAAGGAACUGCCCAUCAAUGGCCAACCCCACCCCUCAGCUUGAUGUACUGUAACAGAGAAGUGAGUGGACCAGAACUACUAUAGUGAAUUGCCAUGGAAGACACUCAGCCCAAACCUGCUACUCCAGAGCCAAGCCCCGCACCCAGUCCUGCUCCCAGUCCGGCACCCAGUCCGGCACCCAGCCCACUGCUGGACAGAAUUGCUUUACCUGCAGCAAACCAUGUGGAGCACCUAAACGUGAACCAGAUCCAGGUGGUGGUACGACGCUGCUCCAGUCCAAAUGUUACGGAGGAGACGACCUAUUUUAUUCCUCGAAACCCUGUGGUGGACGCCGGCACAAACACAGACCCGCCAGUGGUCUGCUGCCCAUUACUCCACAGAUUUUGCCCAUGUCCACCGAGAGGCCUCCUGGCCUCUCUCAUUACCAAAGUCCUUUUGGCAGCUGUGCUCUUUGGAGUUGUUUGGUCUAUCACAGAGGACGAAUGUCUUCCAGGUGGGAACCUGUUUGGCAUCACAAUACUCUUCAUCUGUGCGCUCAUCGGUGGCAAAUUGGUGUCUCUCAUCCGUCUGCCCAGCCUCCCACCGUUCCCACCACUCCUCGGUAUGCUUCUGAUGGGUUUCCUGCUGCGGAACAUCCCGGUGGUAACAGAGGGGGUGUACAUUAACUUCAGAUGGUCUUCGUCACUGAGGAACAUUGCCCUGGCUGUCAUUCUAGCCAGAGCCGGCCUCGGGUUGGAUCCCACGGCUCUGAGGAAACUGAAGUCUGUGUGUGUACGCAUGGCAGUUGGGCCAUGCGUGAUAGAGGCUUGCACCACAGCUCUGGUCUCUCACUUCCUCAUGGGCCUGCCCUGGGUGUGGGGCUUCAUCCUCGGCUUUGUGCUGGGUGCUGUGUCUCCAGCGGUGGUAGUUCCCUCCAUGCUGAUGCUGCAGAAGGAUGGUUACGGCGUGGAGCAGGGCAUCCCCACCUUGCUUAUGGCUGCAGGCAGCUUCGACGACAUUCUCGCCAUCACUGGAUUCACCACGUGCUUGGGCAUGGCCUUCGCCACAGGCUCCACUUGGUACAACCUCCUGAGAGGUGUCCUGGAGGUGGCCGGGGGGAUGGUUGCUGGGAUUCUCCUUGGCUUCCUCAUCCAGUACUUUCCCAGUGUUGACCAGAAACACUUAGUGAUGAAGCGUUCCUUCUUGGUGCUGGGUCUGUCAAUCUUUGCCGUGUUCGGCAGUGGUGUGGCUGGCUUUCCCGGCUCUGGAGGCCUCUGCACCCUGGUGUUGGCAUUUCUGGCCGGGCUCGGCUGGGGGACGGAAAAGGCUCGUGUGGAGGAAGUGGUAGGGUGGGCAUGGGACGUGUUUCAGCCUCUCCUCUUUGGACUCAUAGGAGCAGAGAUUCGAAUCUCUGAGCUGGAGGGAUACACAGUUGGUCUGGGUAUAGCGUCUCUGCUCAUUGCCCUGCUGGUUCGAGUCCUGUUCACCUUUGUGUGUGUGUUGUGCGCGGGCUUUAACAUGAAGGAAAAAGUGUUCAUAGCCCUUGCGUGGAUGCCCAAAGCCACAGUGCAGGCAGCUAUAGGCUCCACAGCUUUAGACAUGGCCAGAGCAAAGGAUGACGAUGAGAUGAAGAAGUACGGCAUGGAUGUGCUGACGGUGGCCGUGUUGGCCAUCCUUCUCACAGCACCUGUAGGAGCUCUUAUUAUAGGGCUCUCUGGACCUCGCCUGUUACAGAGACCGAAGAACUCCGCCUGUGGUGAGCGAGUCAAACCCACUUUAUCAGCCUUUUUCUUAGGCACUGCAGCAGGAGGCGACGAUGACAAUGAAACUCCUGUCACCUAUGAAAGUACUCUCUGACACAACCUGUCUACAUCCAGCAAGUGAGGACUUUUAUUGAGACCUCCGGUGUGCGUUCACACCUUAUAUAUUUGAGCUUUCUUUUAGCCACCGAGUGGCUCUCUUUGUCUCUCUAUCUGCUGGUCAGCUCCUGAUGAUGUUUGCUAUGCUGCAGGAACACAUGAAUCACCCUGUAUUUUUAACCUCUGAUGGUUUCCAAGCCUCAGGCUCCAAAUGACCCUUAUCCAAGCAUCUGCACUGUCAUGCUGUGUGAACAGUAUACAAGAGUUGGUUUGGUUUCUGGUCCUGUGUGUGUGUGUGUGUGUGUGUGUGUGUGUGUGUGUGUGUGUGUGUGUGUGUGUUUUAUUCCUGUCUGUCAUAGUCACUGAAUCUACUAUUUGUUCAUUUAAAUUAUUACAUUUCUGUAAGCUAUUUACUGUUUUUGGACUUGAAAAGGCAAUAAUGCUCUAUUUUAUUAAAGCAGUUUCCUUUGGAGGGCUACAUAACUGAAUGUACUGAUAGUAGCAGUAUUUUUUGUUUUGAAUUAGACUACACAGUUGACACACAUUUAGUUUUUUAGGUGUUCUGCACAUUUUUCCCGCUAUGCGUUUGUGUGUUUUGUGUAUUUUUUAUUAAAAUAUGUAUUAGCUGUUUGUCUUGGUGAUGAGAAAGGUUUGUGUAGUUUACAAGGACUCAGGAAAAGAUCUAAAUAAUCCACAAUACUUUGCUCUGGUUUAUACACAAUGCUGCUGAAACUCCUGGCACUAAGUCUGCUUUCAAUGUUGUGAAUGCUCAACAGUGAUCAUGUCCAUAUUCAAAACGUUCAUGUAAACUCAACCUUUUAUAAUUUGAUUAUAAUUAUUGUUACAGAA